AUGGCUGGAAUGGAAAAUGGUUUUGACAUAAUUGGUGAUACGGAACUGCAUGAAAUUAAAGAAGCUUUGGCCACCCAGGAUUUGCCGACUUUGAUUGGAAACAUUCAAAAUUAUUUUGAACAGCUGGAUCGUGUGGAGCUGAACAUUGCAGUAACAGGGGAGUCAGGCUCCGGUAAAUCCACAUUCAUUAAUAGUUUCCGUGGCCUGGGGGAUGAAGAAGACAACUCUGCACCAACUGGAGUUGUUGAGACCACUAAGGAGCCAAAGGAUUACCCAUAUCCAAAAUACCCGAAUGUUAAAUUAUGGGACCUGCCUGGAAUAGGAACUCCAAACUUUAAAGCUGAUGAAUACCUUGAGAAUGUUCACUUUGAGAGAUAUGAUUUCUUUAUUAUUGUAGCUUCAGAUCGCUUCAGAGAGUACCAUGUUGAGCUGGCCUCUCAAAUAACAAAAAUGAAUAAGAGGUUCUGCUUUGUACGUUCUAAGAUUGAUAACAGCAUUAGGGCUGAGAGAAGGAAGAAGAACUUCAAUGAGGAAAAGACUAUGAAUGACAUCCGGGAAGACUGCACGAAAGGUUUGUCUGAAUUUGAUGUGGAUUCUCCUCAGGUCUUUUUGAUCUCUAGCUUUGAACCGACUUCCUAUAAUUUCAGUCUUCUUCAGGAGACCAUAUUAAAGGAGCUUCCUCAGCACAAGGGACAUGUGCUCUUGCUGGCCCUGGGUAAUAUAACAAUGGAGAAUUUCGAAAGAAAGAGGAAAGCACUAGAGGCCAGCCUAUGGAAGGUGUCUCUACUCUCUGCUGGAGCUGCUGUCAUGCCAGUCCCUGGCCUCUCAAUUUCUGUGGAUGUAGCCUUCAUAGUGAAAGAGCUGAGGAGGUAUUACAGCACAUUUGGUCUUGACGACCAAUCCUUACAAAGGCUUUCUCACAAAUCAGAGAGGUCUGUAGAGGAGCUGAAGUCAAAACUGAAAUCGUCUCUGAGUAAAGGGAUUAAUGAUGAUGCAGUUAUCAAAAUGCUGUCCAGAGCUGCUGGUUUAGUGAGGAAAUCAGCUGUUGACCAUCAUGUCAGUCUGAUCCCUGGUCUGGGAUCUUUAGUAGCUGGAGCACUAUCCUUCAGUGCAGUCUACUAUGUGCUGCAGCGCUGUCUGAGGGAGCUGGAAGAGGAUGCCAAGAAUUUGCUCAAGAUUGAAUUGGAGACCCCUGUCUGA